UUUGACCGUAGCACCGUUUGACGUGGAUAAGCAUCUGUCAAAUUUAUGUUUUAUCACUAUGAUUUCUUGAAAAUAACGUUACUAGUUCAAGGCAUUUUAGUAUUAAUGUAUGUGCUAUGUGAUGAAAAGCUAAAAAUAUAGUUAUUGUUUAUAUUGGUACACGUAUAAACUGGAACACUAUUUAUAGAACCCAAUCAUAACAAAAGUUCAACCGAUUUUUUCAGAAGUGGAAAUUUAGUUACAUAUUGCAGUAAACGCAUAGACAUUUAAAAUGGUGUUAGCAGAUUUAGGACGGAAAAUCACCACCGCAUUGCGGUCUUUGAAUAAUUCCACAAUCAUCAAUGAAGAGGUUUUGGAUGGUAUGCUAAAAGAGAUAUGCAAGGCCUUACUGGAAGCUGAUGUUAAUGUUCGUCUUGUUAAGCAGCUCAGAGAGAAUGUCAGGUCUAUUAUUGACUUUGAUGAGAUGGCCGGAGGUCUCAAUAAGAGGAGAAUGAUCCAGUCAUCAGUGUACAAGGAGCUUGUCAAGCUUGUUGACCCUGGAGUGAAGGCCUGGACGCCAACCAAGGCCAGGAACAAUGUCAUCAUGUUUGUUGGUCUGCAGGGUAGUGGAAAGACUACAACCUGUACUAAGCUGGCAUACUACUACCAGAAGAAGGGCUGGAAGACAUGUCUGAUCUGUGCUGAUACUUUUAGAGCUGGUGCCUUCGACCAACUGAAGCAGAAUGCAACCAAGGCUAGAAUACCAUUCUAUGGCAGCUACACCGGGAUUGAUCCAGUAGAGAUAGCCAAGGAAGGAGUGGACAAGUUCAAGUCAGAGAACUUUGAGAUCAUCAUCGUGGACACAAGUGGACGACACAAACAAGAGGACUCCUUGUUUGAGGAAAUGUUGCAAGUCUACAACAACAUUCAACCAGACAAUGUGAUAUUCGUGAUGGACGCCUCUAUAGGGCAAGCUUGUGAGUCCCAGUCAAAGGCGUUCAAGGCCAAGGUGGACGUCGGCUCGGUCAUCAUCACCAAGCUGGACGGACAUGCCAAGGGUGGUGGUGCCCUCAGCGCGGUGGCAGCCACAAAGAGUCCAGUGAUCUUCAUAGGUACAGGAGAGCACAUAGAUGACUUUGAACCCUUCAAAGUGCAGCCUUUUGUUAGCAAGUUGCUUGGUAUGGGAGAUAUCGAGGGUUUGAUAGACAAGGUCAACGAGCUCAAACUGGAUGAUAAUGAGGAAUUGAUGAAGAAGAUCAAACAAGGACAUUUCACGCUACGAGAUAUGUAUGAGCAGUUUCAAAACAUUAUGAAGAUGGGGCCAUUCGGACAGAUUAUGAACAUGAUCCCAGGGUUCAGCUCUGACUUCCUGACGAAGGGAGGUGAGCAGGAGUCCAUGGCCAGGCUGAAGAAGCUUAUGACUAUCAUGGACAGCAUGAAUGACGAUGAGUUGGACAGUCUGGACGGUGAGCGUCUGUUCAGCAAGCAGGCAGGGAGGGCCCAGAGGGUGGCGAGAGGGGCGGGUGUGUCCGUAAGGGAGGUCAAUGAGCUGCUCACACAGUACAAGAAGUUUGCACAGAUGGUGAAAAAGAUGGGAGGAAUCAAGGGACUCUUUAAGGGUGGUGACAUGAGCAAGAACGUGAACCCUACCCAGAUGGCCAAACUGAACACUCAGAUGGCUAAGAUGAUGGACCCCAGAGUGCUACACCAGAUGGGUGGAAUGCAGGGUCUGCAGAACAUGAUGAGACAGUUCCAACAAGGGGCCGGUGGAAAGGGAGGCAUGGGGGGAAUGGGAAACAUGUUCGGCUUUGGGGACAAAUAGCAAUGGGGAAAAUUAGGUUACUGUUUAUUAAGUGAUUAAUAGGUUUCAGAGAGGCCUGUGAUGGAUUUUGGAAGUAUUCUGUGCAGAGUGAAAUCUGAAUGAAGUGCAAACGACAUCAACAUGGGGAUAUGGUGCACAGCAGGCAGAUUGUUUGUCAAAUUAAAUUUAUUGUAUUUUUUUUUUUAUUGACUAAAGAAAUAGUUAAAUUAGGAUGUGGACCAUCAUUUUGUUUAAACAUCAUUCACAUUAUUGGGUUCUGAAUAUUUGUAUGGGAGUUCAAUGUUUUGUUCAGAUAUAUAUUGCAGACAUUUUGCAAGAUUACAGUAUUGUGAAGUCAUAGUUGGUGUCAAGAUUGUCAAGACAGAUGAUCAGUGUAUACAAUCAAUGAUUUCGAUGGCAGGCGUUGAAGCAGUUAUUUACUGGACUAUAGACAUGAUAUUCAUAACAUCAUUAAAAUAUGUUACUACAUUUAGUAAUUGUAUUUGUUAGAUUUUAACAAACAGUUUGAACUCAUAACAGUGUAUGGCAUUCGAUCAAAUGUUAACAAUACAGUAUGUGAAUAUCUGUAUGAAAAUAUCACUGGCCUGAUUUGUUAUAAACCAUUAAAAGUGCAUUCAGAGAAACUAUCUAAGUGAUAGUUUAUAAAAUCUUACCAUGAAUGUCUCUUUUUGUAAUUCCAAAUGUGUGAAUUAGCAUUCCUUAGCUUUUAAAUAGUCUGUUGAUUUGUUACACAUAUACUUGGAAGUAAACACACAUUUGGAGAAGUUUGUGAGAAAAAUAAGCUUGAAUAUUUAUUUAGCUUUGUAAAAAGGCUAUGGUCCAGGUGGGCCUUUUUCAAGUCUAUUUAGUUUUAACUUAACCCUUUUAGUGCGGGAACCGAAUUUUAAAGGCCUUUGCAAACAGUUUGGAUCCAGAUGAGACGCCACAGAACGUGGCGUCUCAUUAGGAUCCAAACUGUUUGCUAUUCUGAUAGUAUUCUUUGAAAAAAAUCGAAGAAAAUGCUAAUUUUAGAAAUUCAGCAGACGACAUUUAGCAGACGACACAUUUCCCAGCAUGAAAAGGGUUAAAGAAAAUUUUACCAAACUGCCACAUCAUCAAUCUGAAAUAUGUGGCAGAAUAAACAUAAUAUCAUGAUUGUGUAUCAAAAGCUCACUAUAAGAACACUUCUUGUUUUUAUCACGGUGUUUUUGAUGCUGUUUAUUAUGACUGUUUCAUUUUUCCAUGUGUUAAAACCUAUCAUCAUUAUAGAACGUUAUCAUUUAUUGAUACAAAUCAUGUUCAUAUUUACCUACGAUAAGUCGGUCAUUAAAGAUAUGUUAUGAUUC